UACUACUACUGUCAAAUUUUUACUUUUUUUAUAUGUUUUUUUAUUUAAUAGAAACAUUAGCGUUUUUAUAACAUUGCAUUAACAUCACUUAAAACUAAUGAAAUAUACAGUUAUUAAAAGUAAAAAAGUAUUGAAAUGUAUUUAUGUAUGUAUUAAAUGAGAUUACAGGUGACAAUGUUUUCUAUUGAAAGUGUCAAGUGAAACGCUACAAAUUUCUAAUGUUUAUUUACGUGUGGAAUUAAUAGACGAGUACAAAUAUCUUUUAAUAAAUACAGUUAAAAAUAAAAAAAAAAUAGCCAUGAGAAAAUCACAAACACGAAAAAAUUCGAAGUUAGCGCCACAAGCUUUUGGAAAGUUCGAAGAAGAAAGUAAUGAAGAAUUUGAGUUUAUACCCCAAAAGAUACUGAAAUUGUAUGAUUCUAAUGAAUUAUCAAGUAAUUCUAAAGAUUCACUGGCAACAGACAUGAAAAGACUAUAUGAAGAUAGAUCAACCACUGUUGAUAAAACUAGCAAUACAAAUAAUGAAAUUACAAGUAAUGAUAAUGAAGAAACUGAAUAUGCACAAACAGAAUUAUUCAUUGAGAAUGAAAUAAAUAAAACAUUGAAACAAACACUUAAAAACAAUGGAUCAUUAGAAAAAAUAUUGGAUAAAUCUUUAAGUGAUUUAUUAGGGAAUUGUGAUGAUUCAACAAAUGACAAUGAUGAUGAUUUGUCAUAUACUUCUCUAUACAAGGUGUUCGCCUUGUCAACAGUGGAUGAUUAUAAUGUAACUGCAAAUAAACGUGAUUCAAAUGCAGUUGCAUCAGGAAGCAAUACCAAUGUAAGUUCUGAUGUACUAGCAAAUACAAGUAAUGUAAAUUGUGGUACAGCUGCUUCUAAAAAUGCUAAAAAUGAAAUGCCACAAAUAUCAAAAACUUUUAAUGAAAACUCAAAUGAUCCAUCAUUAAUAGAUCGAUUCGCGAUGUUUAGACGAGCUCAAGUUAUUGCAAAUACGACCAAAAAUUUAGCUGAUAGGAUAUUAGCAAUAGAAUUGGCCAACUCUUGGGGCUAUAUUAGGCAAUUUUGUCAGCAGGAAUUGAAGCAAGAAACUUUAUUGCAAGACGCACUUUACUUGUGGAAGAAUUGGCAAAGUUUUUCCGUUUCUAGAGAGGUGCCUUUAAGUUAUAAAUGCUAUGUAUGCAAUACAGCAUAUUGGGAGUUGGCCCCGUUUCGGGAACAUAUAUUCACUAUGCACAAAGACAUAAAAAUAGACUUCGAAACUGUGUUCAAGGAAUGUCACAUAAAGGCUUACGAUGUCGACGAUGAAAUCAUAAGAAAUUUUCCCAUCGAUUCGAACUGUUGGCGAUGUGGGAAACACUACAAUGCACAUCCAACAUUGGCAGAGAACGGCAAAGAUUAUGUAUGCUGUUUUUGCCAGCAACGCCGCUCCACCUGUGCCACAAUGAAGAUCCACGAAAGCCUUUGCGACUACAACUUCAUGAAACAUCUUGAAAAUGAGCCCAAUAUUAAAUUGCACUACUGCAAAUUAUGCCCAAUGUUUUUUUGGGACGAGAAUCAUUUGUAUGGGCAUUUAAAGUCGUACCACGUUGUGAGGUCCGAUAUGCCAAUUUGGUCGCCAUUGGGACCGUGUCGACAUUGCAAACAGAGGGUAAUAGACUCUUGCGUGCAUGUGUGCCGGAAGAAGAACAUGUCUGUUGCAUGCCCAUACUGUUACAGACGGUUCCCAUCAAAAAAGAUAGUGAAAAUACAUUUGGAAAUCACUGAAAGUGUCUACCAAUGUCGAAUUUGCGAUGUGAAGUUAGCAAAAAGAUGUAUGGAAGUGGUACAUGUGUUACACAAGCACAGUGACAACUUCAUGGCGGUGUACAGAUGCCAGUUGUGCGCUGAGGAUAGGAUAUUUCUUAGCGCAACAGCUAUGAAAGACCACAAAGUGUCACAACAUGCAAAUUUUUUUAAUCCUACGGGCAUCUAUUCUGAUAUUGUGAUAGUGUUAAAAGAAUUUGUUCGACAACCAUCACCUACUAAAUGUGUAUCAUCAAAUUCAAAAGCAAUCCAGAGCAAUAUCAAAAAUAUAAACUUUCCAGAAAGUGAUAACACAAAAAUAGGAAAAGAAUUACAAAUUUUGGAUUUAGGUAGUGAUGAUUAUGAUAUUUUUGAAAAUAUUAAAAGUGCAACUGAUAUUAUGAAGCAAAACAACAUAGACGAUGGACUUAACAAAUCGGAACAAUCACACCAAAGUAAUAUAAUUGAUAUUGGAACAGAUAAUUCUAAAAAUAAACAUACAGAUUACGAUGGAACUAAUAGAAUUGACAAAAAAGAUGUUGCACCUGGUAUUUUGAACGAUCAAGAAACUGGUGACAUGCAAAGCACUAACAGUUCACAGUUUCUAACAUUUAACAUUAACAAAUUCAAAUUACCAGUUUGUGAGGAAAAAGAAUUGUAUAUAUUCGAGGAAGCGGAAUUUGAGACAGAUGUAGAACAUAUUAAUACGAAGGGGAAUCACGUUAUAGGAGAAGAAAUACAUGACAAUGAUAUAGAUAUGUUAAGUAACGAUGAUGCAUCAGAAGAUAGUUCUGUAGACAAGUCUCAAUAUGUCCCAAGAAUAUACAAAUGUCGAAGUUGCGAUUUUGAAUCGACACACCAGGAAUACAAGCUGCAUAUAAACAAUUGUAAAGCUAAAGGACAAAACGGGAAUAAUGACACUAAGAAAAUUUACAAAUGUAAAAACUGCGAUUUCAAAGCUUUCCACAAAUUAUACGUUAAACAUGUAGAAACAUGUACAGUUCUAAAUCAAGAUCGGAAACCUCAUAGAUUUAAACUGUAUCAGUGUGAGCAUUGUAAUUUUGAAGGGUUCAAACGUGACUACAGGGAACACAUAAAAGAACAUUCCAAUGGUCUGAACAAUGCAGACAUGAUUGGUUCACACCGUUGCACAAAGUGUUGCAAGAAUUUUCUGUCGUUAAAAAAAUAUCUAUUACAUUUACACAAAGAGCAUAAUAUCGAGAUGCUGAUGUGUCCACAGUGCGCGAAGAGAUAUACAAAUUUCUCAACGUUCACCUUGCACUUUAAGACACAUAUUAAAAAUAUGUUUUUAUCAGUCAAAGCUAUUGAUAAAGAAAGCGGCAAGUCGAGGAAAAAGUUUAAGUGUAAAAAAUGUAAGGAUUUUGUUCCGUUGGAUGAGCACUUCUCGCAUUGGGAGUCACAUGUUGAGAUGCCUGGUGAAGUGGUGGUGGCGAGAACGAGUGAGAAGGCGUCGACGUCGUCUUCGUGAGGCAUUAAUCACUUUAGAAGACACCUUAGGAGGUUGUAUGCUUCAUAAGAAUAAAUAUGCGGGUAGAAUGAACAUUCUUGUGAAUUCAAUAAUAAUAACUACUAGGGUGCCGCGCGGCCAGCCCGCGUCCUAUUGUAAGCUAAGCCAGUCGAUAGUCAGCGCUCGCGGGCGACAGACGUCGCUGAGAGCGCGCGGCUCACUCACUCGCACGUUUGUCGCUGGAGUCACUACCGCUAACACAAACCUAACGAUAGGUUCUGUCAUUUUUUGUCACGCCACUAUUAACUGUCUCAAACUCAUUUUUAUGUUUCUGAAAUCACUCAACCGAUUUUAAUAAAAAUAUUUAUUUAUUUAAAGUACAUAAGUACCAUUUUAUUAUAAUUUACUUAACCUAUUUUAGUAAAUGAGUGAUCAAGCCACUUGUAUUGUGUGUUUAUACUUGAGACAUGACUUCUUCUUCUAUCCAUUUAAGAGCUGCGCUCUUGUCGGUGGAGCUCUCGCCACUCACUACGAUUUCCAGCGAGUCUCUUCACCUCUUGAUACGACACGACACCAACUCCUUCCUUGAUCUGCCUGAUGUAACUAUGUCUCGGUCUCCCUCUCCCCCUCCUUCCUUCUAUCUGACCUUCUAUUAUAAUGUUCAUAAGUUCGUCGUGUCUUAUCAAGUGUCCCAACAUUUUUCCCCUUCUGCCCUCAAUAGUUCUUGAACGGUGCAGCUUGACCGUACGGUGAGCGUGGACUGUAGGGGUGCUGGUUCAGGCUGGAGAGAAACGAUAAAUAAGAUUCCUUUCUUGAAGCUCCCGGUUCCGUUCUGAAGAGUUUCUCCUAUUUCCUUUAUCGGAUGGGGAGUGCAUGCCGCUCGACGGUAGGCGGCCUAUCUUUAUACCCGCCCGGUCGCACGAUAACAUGUACUAACUCACAUCGGUGAGUCUGUGCGAGCGGGACGGGGCGAGUGUGAGAGGGACGCGUGACUCUUCAGAGCGGCACCAUUUGGCGUCUAUUUAUUUAUUAUAAUUAUCCUUAUUACUAGUGUUUUACAAUUUUUUCUUAUUUCUAUUUGCGGGUAAUAAGGACUCGACACAAUAAAAUGCUUUAUUCAACUUACAAACUAUAAAUACAUCAUAGAAAACCUAUAUAAAUUUAACAAUUUAAAUGAUUAAAAAACUAAUGACAAAAUAACUAUAAAAUAUCGCUAUAAACUAUACAAAGAGAUUACAAUGUCGCGAACAGUUCUAGUAGCAGGACCUCCUUGAGACAUGACAAAACGUUAAAAUAAUGCGUCAUUGAGUACAGUUUGUACAAACUAAACAAGUAUUUUAAUAAUCAUAUAUUAUAUUUUGCACUAUUAGAUAUAAGGCUAUAAAAUGUAAAAAAAUUAAAUACAGAUAUAUUUUUUUCAUUGCAAUAUUAUACUUUUAAUUGUAUUUCAAAGCGUUUAUAACAUCUUUAAAUUUGUUUAAUUCCGUUAAAGGGCAACUUUUUUUAUACCACUGAGGUGGCAAACAGGCAUACGGGCAUUCUAUGCCGGGACCACACGGCCUUGAAAUUUGACAUUCACGUUCUAUUUCAUAUAUUAUGGAGAAGAAUUUAGAUUACAUUUUAUCCCGAUCACGCGGACGAAGUCGCGGGUACAAGCUAGUCUUCUACAUAAAAAAAAAAAUUACAUCAUUUCAGAAAGGGUUAUUUGUCUAAUUCUUUUUUGUCGUGUUUGUAAUCUUCUGGAUAAGGUUUGUUUUACAGAAGAAUAGAAAAUGUUUAAACAAUUUACGGAAAACGGGGAAAGUUUUGUACAAUCGUGCAAAGCCGGGGGAAAGGGAUUGUUAGUAAUGGGGAUUAGCAACCCCAUUGCUAGUAAUAAACCCUAUCAGGUCGACCUCCUCGCGGUUCCCCCUGGAAACCAUCGUGAUUGGUUUAUUGUCGAAUUUGUUACGAUGGGCUAACUGACCUGCUUCACCCUCAUCUAUCAUCCCUCACUGGUGUCCCGCCAGCGUAUACCAAUAGCGCAGACGGGGCUACCAUUUCAUUAUCAUCCAUUAAAAAAAAUACCGUGCAAAGCCGGGGCUAGCUACCCGCUAGUGAUAAAUAUUUGUUUUAUUAUUAUUUUUUUGCAAUCUAUGCAAUUUGCAUCGUAUAUUAAUCAUUAAGUCUUUAGCAAAAGAUACUUUCAUAUUAACCAUCUUUUUUCAAUUCAUUUGAUACUCGAUUUUGUUUAACAUCACCUGUGUGUAAAAAUAUGGAAAAGUAAUGGGUACUAGGUACCUGGACAAUUGUAAUAUUUUAUGGUGUAUUUAUUUAUUUAUUUUCUUUUUUUUUCAUGCAACUUUGAAUGGCAAACAAGCUGACGGCCCACCUGAUGGAAAGUGGUAACCGUCGCCUAUAGACAUGAGCAGUACCAUGCACAUAACAGAGUAUACUGUUUCGCCCAUGAUACCCCUCAUGCGUUGCCAUUCCUGAGGACUCGGGUGUUAUUCCUCUGUACCGUCUAAAUUCACGACCAUAUCCCACCCUUCAAAUCGAAACACAGCCAUGCAAACACAACUGUUUGGGGGGAAAGAGAUUGUUAGUAAUGGAGUUUGACAGCCCCAUUGCUAGCAAUAUGCCCUAUCAGGUCGAACUCCACGUGGUUCCCCCUGGAAACCAUCGUGAACAAUUCUUGUUGAAUUCGUCACAAUGGGUUAACUGACCUACUUCAUCCUCACCUAUCAUCCUCCACUGGUGCCCCGCCGGUGUACACCGAUAGCGCGGGUGGGGUUACCAUUCCAUUAUCAUCAAUUAAAAAAAAAAAACACAACUGCUUCCCGGUAUACACAGACAGAAACACGAAUAGGACAGAGAUGCUUGAGCAAACAACGUUUGUACAGUCUCCCUCUGGUAAAAUAUUAGUAAUUUAUCUUGUAAAUAUAAUAGUAAGUUUAAUAUAUUAUUAUUGUUAUUAUUUAGUUUUAAUAACAGAAUAAAUAAAAAUCAAAUAAUCAA